AUGCUCACGUAUGAUGUGUCCAUCGAUGCCAGCAUGUCUCCGGUGCCUUCUCUUGCAGACCCUCGGCUUGCCAAGUUCCAGGCCAACCUGGGGUACAGGGUAAGCCCUGUCUCAAAAAUAAAUUAUCAGCAUUGCUACUCAAACGUUGGACUCACGCCUCAAAGCCAAAACCCAUCAUCCGUUUUGAACAGUCAUCAUUCCAGAACUGGUCAUCAACCUUCAUCCCAAACAGAGCGUGGCCGGGCCCUAUGUGGUUUUCCAGCAGUGACUGCUGCGGAGAGAGGGGUCGUCCGGCAGUCUGGGGGCUACCUGAGCCGCCUGCAGGACCUGCGCCCGCCCCCCUCCGCCUGCCUGGCCCUGGGGCCCCCCAGCGCGGGGACCACGGACGCGUUCGCAUCACUCACUGCCCGCGCCAAGCGCGCCGGGCCGGGCCGCCUCUGCGCACGCGCACAGCCUGAAGCGGCCGCUCUAGGCACGCAGUGUCGUCCCGCCUCGUUGGCAGGGGCGCUCACGCCGCCCGCCCGGUACGCUGGAGCGGGAGGGCUGUUCCCGGUGUGUCCCCACGCUCUUCUCACACGUCUCCGCGCAAACACGGCGCAGGAUGCGCUCAUUCGAACGGGAAGCGGGACCGCUCUUCCCCAGAAGGCUAACCCCCUCCCUCGGCGGUCACGGCCUCCGCCCAUGGCCCACAAUCCCCCGGCGCGGGGGCUGUUUCCGGUGGCGGGGCUCGGAGCCCUUCACCUUUCCUGUGCCGGGAACGGUCCAGGCAACGCUCCUCCCUCUGCAGAUUAGUAGUUCUUCCAUCGCCUCCUCCUAAGAAUAAUGCACUCAGAAAAUUCCGGUUUGUUAUGCUAGCAGCCUUCCAAAAGCACACAAUUAUAUCCAAAAUAUUUAAGCAAUAAAAAAAAAAGUCGGGAGUGGUUGAGGCAGGAGGAUUGCAGUGAAGUCGAAUCCAGCCUGGGCUACGUAGCGAGACUGUCUCAAAAACCAUGGAGGGGGAAAACAAUGAAAUGGAGUAAUCUCUACAUUAGGGAGGCUGAGUGGGUAGCCAUUCCAGCUUUGAUCUGGAAGUUCCAACCCCAUUAAGGCUUUGGUAACUGUCACACCUACAAGGCGGGGGCCAAGAGAGGACCCUGAAGACCCGAGAUCUGGAUGUGUCACCUCUCUUGGUUCCUGGACCCUGAAUGCUGGAGGUAGACAGAGCAGAGUUCUCCAGAGAACACCACUGGACUGCACUACACCUUUCCCAGAACCUGCAACCUACCUAUCCCUUCAUUUGUAAGUUACGCCACUAAAUAAACCUCCCUUUUAACUACA